UACAGUCUAAAAUAUUCUACUUCCGAAGUCGGAGAAAAGGUCACAAGCUCCCACGCUGUUACAAGAAACUCUUGACACUCGAAUUCUGUAUUAUAAAAAUCCUCUUUUAGAUCCAAUUCAGAAAUGUUAAAGAUCGAAGGGUUGGGCCCCAAAAUGGACCCAGAGGAGAUGAAGCGAAAGAUGCGAGAAGACGUGAUAUCAUCACUGCGGAACUUUCUCAUUUAUGUUGCGCUUCUAAGAGUCACACCCUAUGUUCUAAAGAAGUUGGACAGCAUCUGAAAUGGACACAACCUCCAAGCCCCAAUGCCCCCAGUUCCUAGGAACAACAAGGAACCAGAAGCUGGAGAUUUCAAAAACACCAUUCAUCCAGAACCCCAGAAGACUGGCCCGUAUAGGAGUCAAAGAUAAAAUCAGAUUCCAGUAAACUAUGUGAUGUACAGUAGUCUAUGAUCUGUUUGUUUUGCCUUUUUUAUUGGGUUAUAUUAAACACAAGCUAAUGAAUGUA